AUCCAAGUCCAUCUUUCACCUGUGUACUCUACGAAAGAGUUUUGUGAUCUGGCGUUGCUGUUUCUACCGAUUAGAAUGAGUACCGACGAACACAAAAAGUAUGGAGCCGGGCUGUGGUUUGACACUAUGUGGAAGAUGUUUGAGGUGGUAGAAAUGGGAGAUAAGUGGGGAACGGAGCUGCCCAACCUUUUUGCUACGGGUCUAGGGGGUAUGAGAGGACCAUUAUCCAUUAUGACUGCUGGACGCUAG